CUUGUUGGCGAAUGACGAACAUACUAGUUGAGAAUGAAGAUCCUAUGGUUGGCAAUUAUAUUCGGUCUGUUGGUUGUAACAAGGGCGUCGGAUCCUGGGCCGGAUAGUCCGCCUGAAAGUGAAGAAGAGGGAGAAGAUAAUCCUGCCACAGACGUAGGAGAAGAGGGAGAUACUGAUUCCACUGGUCAAAAGUCUUUAUCUGCUAAGAGUGUGUCGGCUCCCAAGGGCUUAUCAGUGGCAGGUGCGUCAGGCGCAAAAAGUUUUCGAGGCAGAAGACCCCCUAUUUGUCCGAAUGACAGAUACGUGAAAUGGCAAUCGUUCUGUCCUGUACCAAACCCAAAGUGUCGUUGGCAAUCAUGUCUGUUCAAGGCCUCGUGUGCUUACUAUAGGGGAUUUUAUUUUAACCUUUAUAGACCACUUUAUUUCUGGGGAUAUCCGUGCCAGACACAAGGCUCACGAUGCAAGAAUGGCGUUUAUGGUGGAUAUCGGUAUAAUUGUUACUGUAGGACGUAUUGGAGAUGGGUAAAAAGAAGACGAUGGUUUUAUCAGGAUGCUUGUGGACAAAGAAGAUACUAUCUGAGAUACGUUCACAUUAGGAUUCCGUAUGGAUGCCAUUGCCAAGGAUCCAAGACCAAAGUACCUAUUAUAACCACCUUUUAUCCACGUCCGCGCCCGGUGUACACUGGCAAUCCCCCGCCAAUAUUUGAUGGCAGAGACGGCUGGCCGGGGCCGCCGUUCUAGUCAUCGGAAUGUCGGUACCACGUCAAGAUGAAAGAAAAUGAGAUAUAUAUCUUGCACUCUUUUUCAAGGAAUGUGUCUGGAAUCGGAAUUUAAUAAAUUUGUCAAGCAUAAUA